AUGGACACAGAGCAUGAGCCGAAGAUGGCUGUCGGCCACAUUGAACAAACUGAUCGACAUCAUGCUCCCGAGAAUGACCCCAAGGGAGAGGAGCAUGUCGACCUUAACCACAAUGUCUCAGCAAAGAUUCGAAACCCUUUGGCUCAUUUGAGCAAGGUACAGCUCCUUGAAGAGGUUGAACUAUUUUCACGCGAAAACGAUCUCGAAGAUGCACUUUCACUGCUUAAAAAGGGGGCACUUAUUGCCCAAAGUGAUGAUUUCGAAACACUCAAUGACCUGGUCGAAGAAGACCGCCAGACCUUGCGCCGUGAAAAGACACACAAAUGGUCUCAGACAAAACAACUUUAUCUAACCAUCGUCCUGUGUUCAAUUGGGGCUGCCGUGCAGGGCUGGGACCAGACAGGCGCCAACGGUGCCAAUCUCUCAUUCCCACAAGAGUUUGGUAUCGAUCCCACAACAGGCACACCCAACUACCAAAGAAACGAAUGGCUCCUAGGCCUCGUCAACGGCGCACCACACAUUGGCGCGUCCUUUUGCGGGUGUUGGUUGUCAGAUCCCAUCAAUCACUACGUCGGGCGACGAGGCACCAUCCUUUUUUCCGCAAUAUUCUGCAUGGUCCCAGUUCUGUGUCAGGCCUUUACUCAAAGCUGGCCGGAAUUGUUUCUCUGCCGUCUCUUGUUGGGCGUCGGUUGGGGUUGUAAAGCCUCUAUCAUCCCAGUUUUCGCCGCUGAAAACUCACCUGCUUACAUUCGUGGCGGCUUGGUCAUGUCGUGGCAGCUAUACACAGGUUUGGGUAUUAUGCUGGGGUUCGCUACCAACCUGAUUUUUUACCACGUGGGUACAAUCGCCUGGAGACUCCAGCUGGCCUCGGCCUUUGUUCCAGCGGUGCCAUUGGCUUUGUUUAUAUACUUUUGCCCCGAGUCACCUCGCUGGUACAUGAAAAAGGGCCGGGCAAAAGACGCGUAUGCUUCGCUCUGCAGACUACGGAAGACACCGUUGCAAGCCGCGCGUGACCUCUACUAUAUGCACUCUCAGUUGCAAAUGGAGGCUUCGCUCGUGAACCGGACAAGUAACUACUUCAAGCGAUUCACUGAGCUGUUCACAAUACCGCGCAACCGCCGGGCGGUGGUAGCCUCUUUUGUCGUCAUGAUGUCCCAGCAAAUGUGUGGUGUCAAUAUCAUCAGCUACUAUAGCUCCUCCAUAUUCAGCUCAGCUGGCGCCAGUACUCUAGCCGCUCUACUGUUUUCCUUUGGGUUUGGGGCGAUAAAUUUUGUUUUUGCUUUCCCAGCGGUGAAAUUAAUUGACCAAUUCGGUCGACGAAGCCUGCUGCUAGUGACAUUCCCUCUGAUGACAAUAACCCUGAUUGGAACAGCCAUGUGCUUUUUCACCCCCGAAGACAGCAAGGCGCACCUGGGUCUUAUUGCUCUCUUCAUCUAUCUAUUUGCUAUCUGCUAUUCCCCCGGAGCGGGACCGGUGCCUUUUACGUAUAGUGCUGAGGUUUUCCCUUUGUCGCAUCGGGAGGUGGGCAUGAGCUGGGCCGUCGCCAGCAUCAAUUUUUGGGGGUUUGUUUUGUCACUAACCUUCUUCCGUAUAGAGGCCGCUUUUACCAUCGAGGGCGCUUUCGGCUUCUAUGCUGGUCUCAACGUCCUAUGCUUCUGUCUCAUUUUCUGCUUCCUCCCUGAGACCAAGAAGCGCACCCUGGAAGAACUUGAUUAUGUUUUCGGUGUUCCCACUGGAACUUUUAUACGCUACCAAUUCACCAAGGUGGUACCUUACUUUGUGCGCCGUUACUGUCUUUUUGACAAGUCCGCUCGUCUGGAACCACUAUAUCAACUGGACCACAUUACACCGAACUAG